UGACUUUGCAAAGCAUUACCAAUAAACUUCCAAUUCUUCAAAACUCUAGUCAUCCGUCCGCAGAAGAAAAUGAAACUGCCGGUGUAGAAGCGCUGCUGAUCUGCUUGCACAAGACAUCCGACAGCGGACUGCUGGACAAAUCGAUCAAUCUACUGAGUUGGUGCAGUCUUAACUUAUCAUACGUUGAAACAAUGCCAUCAAAACUUGUGAAACUGUUCUCAAGGCUGCCAUUUUUUAGAAGGAAGGAAAGAUAUAUCGAGUCGUCAUACUACAAGAAUCUAAAAAAGUUAUUAGAGGAUCUCUUUGCUUCUGGUGAUGGCGAAUCACAUCCUAUUCAUUGUUACUCUGCUGAUGACCUCAUCAGGGCAACUAACAACUUCCAUCCUUCUCGCAUUGUAGAAAGGUAUUCAUGCUACGAAAUUUUCAGGGGAUUUCUAGAUGGCCGAUCAAUUAUCGUUAAAAAGUACCCCCUUGGGAACGGUCCAAAUGAGGAUAGGAGCAGGUCUAGGGUUAUUCGUGACAUUGUCAUUUCAUUACAGAUGAGCAACCAUGAGAAUGUUUUGAAACUCUUGGGCUGCUGCUUAGAGUUCCCUAUACCAGUGCUAGUGCAUGAAUACGUAGCAAAAGGAGUUCUCAACCCUGAUGCAAGUUUAAGAGGGGCUAAUGAAGAUCAAAUCAUACUACCAUGGAACAUUAGAUUGUGUAUUGCAAAGCAGGUUGCCAGUGCAGUUUCAUAUCUCCAUACCGCUUUUGCCGGACCCAUCAUUCAUAGGGAUCUGAAACCCAGCUGCCUGUUCUUGGAUGAUGACUAUGUUCCCAAACUUCACAACUUCUCGCUCUCUAUAACCAUUCCUCCUAUGGAAUCGGAUGUUGAAGAUGAUGUGACUGGGACAAUUGGGUACAUUGACCCUGUCUACCUGUGGUCUAAUCGCAUUACAGAAAAACUGAUGUUUAUAGCUUUGGUGUGCUUUUACUUGUAUUCCUGACGGGACGAACACCUUGGGAAAUUUGGCGGGUGGAAGGAAUUCCAAUGAUUCCAUAUGCUCGUGGUUGUGAUGGUCGAAUUGGGGAAAUUGUUGAUCCGAAAAUCUAUGAGGAAGUGAGGGGGAAUGAGCAAGUACAACAGCAGUUGCAUGAUUUCCUUGAACUGGCAUUGUUAUGCAUUCGAGAUGACAUUGAAGGAAGGCCAUACAUGGUGGAUGUGGCUAGAGAACUCAUUCGAAUUGAAGAAUUUGUUUUGGCCAGCUAGCUUUAAUCCACUACAUUUGUUAUCAAAAGUAUUGGAGGCCGGUUUAACGGCAAUUCUAAUGUUUGUAAUCUGAUCGUCCUCAUUCUGUAAUUGAGGAUUUGUAGCUGAUAGUAGAACUUUGUAUAUCAAUAAACUUCUUCUCAUGCUGUAAACGUCUGCUUGUACAUAAAACC